UGACGCGUGGGCCCCCCUCACAUCACCCUCCCCAUCCCGCACACACCAAACAAUGGCGGCGGCGGCGGCGGCGGCGGCGACCCAACCAUCCUUCCUCUUCACCCGUAGGGCCCGCCCUUCCCUCGUCUCCCUCCGCGUCAGAACUGUCAAUCCCGCUAAGGCCGCCGCCGCCGACCCCGCUCCGGCCUUCAAGUCCGUCACGGCCUUCGCGCCGGCCACCGUGGCUAAUCUCGGCCCAGGCUUCGACUUCCUCGGCUGUGCCGUAGCCGACGCAUCCCUCUCCCUCGGCGACACCGUCACCGCCACCAUCGACCUCUCCCUUCCUCCGGCCACCGUCUCCAUCGCCUCCGUCACCUCCCCCUCCCGCCCCCACCUCGCCGACCGCCUCUCUAAGGACCCGCUCCGCAACUGCGCCGGUGUCGCCGCCAUCGCCGCCCUACGCGCCCUCGGCGUCCGCUCCCACGCCGUCUCCAUCCACCUCACCAAGGGCCUGCCCCUCGGCUCGGGCCUCGGCUCCUCUGCGGCCUCCGCCGCCGCCGCCGCCAAGGCAGUCGACGCCCUCUUCGGCUCCCGCCUCCACCGCGACGACCUCGUCCUCGCCGGCCUCGAAUCCGAGAAGGCGGUCAGCGGCUUCCACGCCGACAACAUCGCGCCCGCUAUCCUCGGCGGCUUCGUCCUCGUCCGCAGCUACGACCCCUUCCACCUCAUCCCGCUCUCCUCCCCGCCCGGCCUCCACCUCCACUUCGUCCUCGUCACCCCCGACUUCGAGGCGCCCACCAGCAAGAUGCGCGCCGCAUUGCCCAAACAGGUCGCUAUCCAGCAGCACGUGCGCAAUUCCAGCCAGGCAGCGGGCCUUGUGGCUGCCGUGUUGCAAGGGGACGCCGGGGUCAUUGGCUCCGCAAUGUCCUCUGACGGCAUCGUCGAGCCGACGAGGGCACCCCUCAUACCUGGCAUGGCCGCGGUCAAGGCGGCGGCUCUGGAAGCUGGAGCACUGGGCUGCACCAUCAGUGGAGCAGGGCCAACAGCUGUGGCUGUCAUUGAGGAGGAGGGCAAGGGGGAGGAGGUUGGCCGGAGGAUGGUCGAGGCAUUCUGGAGCGCAGGCAAAUUGAAGGCAACAGCCACCGUCGCUCAGCUUGAUAGGCUUGGUGCCAGGGUUAUCUCCACCUCUAGUUUUGAGUAGCAAGAUUUCGGAGGUCUCCAACAUUGCACUUGUAAUUCUAUCUGGGGAUGCUUGGUGUCCCAAGGACACUACUGGGAUCCCAGGGACUGCUUCUUUUUGUAUCUUUUGUCUCCGUUUUUGUAUUUUCUGGCUUUGCUAAGUACUUUGGUCGGUUGUGGGUUCUGAGGUAGCAAACUGCCGGGCAUGUGCUCCCUUGAUUGCAAUAAGUUAGUGAUUGCGACAUCGCCUCGUUAGGAGAUGUGGAAACACCAUUCGACAUGAUUCUUGGCAUAAUAAUCUGUGUCGACCUCGUUGUAAUUUGGGCUGAUUUCCUCAUGCAAUGAAUAAAAAGCAGUCGAUUUGCGGUCUUUACCGAACUA